CCGAUUUCGGUCGGACUACCCAUCCAUGAUGGUCUUGGCCAUUGCCCUCCUGAGCGCCUGGCCGGUCCCCACCCCCCGCACGUCGACCCGGCGACUCUUCGCGCUGCCUCCUGCAGCUCGGCAUUCGUCCGUGCUCCUCGAGGCCUCUGAGGCUUCGUGCGCGACGGCGGCGUCGGCGAUGACGAAAGUAGCACGGCCCAAACCACUCCCGCUCGACCUGGCCGCGAUCUCCUUCCUUGGCGCCUUCCUCGUCAAUCGGCUCCUCGCCGCAUCCCCGCGGCUCGUCGGCGGCGGCGCCUGCGCUCUCAAAGUGACCUUCCAGAUCGGCGGCGCUGUUCUGCUCCCGGUGGCGCGGCUGCGGCUGGCAGAGCAGCGGCAUUCGGGAAUGGCGCUUCAAAUCACCGACACAGCGGGCGAGCCGCCAGUUCCAGCCGCUCGCACGCGGCGCGCCUCUGCCGCGCACACGCUGCAGGGUGCCUCGCUCUGCCUCGAGCGGAAGCUGGUUGAGAUGGAGCUGGAGCAGGCGGAGCGGCGGAAGAUCGCCGACGAGCGGCUCGACGCCGCGGAGGCCGCGCGAGCCGCACUGCACUCGGCCCAGAGGUGGGCAAAGGCUGCGGAGGCUGCGGAGGCUGCGGGUGGCGCGGACGGCGGCAGCGGAGAGGCUGUCGCGGCCCUGCACGCCGCGGCGGCGCAGCUGGUCCGGCUCGAGGCGGCCAUCGCUGACGACGAGCUCACAGCGGCGGAGAUGCUGGCGCGUGUGGACACAUUGCGGGCGCAGAGCAUCGAGGCACGCGUUUCGGCGCGCGCGGCGCGGCCAGGCUUGUUUGCGCGCUCCGGCCGGGAGCAGCUCCCGCUCACCCUCGCCGCAGUGGCGAGCCUCGACGCGGUGAGCGCCGAGGGAAUGGAGCGGUCCGCGCGCGCGCGCCGAGGCGAGGCCCUGCUGGAGGGCGGGUCCGUGGCGGCGCCAGCGGCGGCGUCAGGGGGCGGGAAGGAGGAGGGCGAGCGCUGAGUGGCUCAAGUCGAGGCCCCGAGUCGGGCGGUCGCGAGAGCGCCGGCGGCGGGCCUUGCCGGCGGCGGCAACAGUUUAGCCAAGGAGGGUGCCCGUGUGCAAGGCAUCUUGACCCUGGCGGCCUUCCCUGUGCGGUGAAGGCCCGUGUGUGGCGAGGGGCUCCAGUAGCGCAGCGCUCUCGCGCGCUUCUUGGCGCCGAUCGUUGGCUGUUCACCCUAGAGAGGCGAGCGGAGCCCCAAUGCAUGCGCCGUCGGGCUGUACCAUAUGUCCCUCUACCACCUAUAGGACUCUUCACACACCCCGAUGUGGCCAGUGACCAUGUAGCUGUCUCUAUGUGUCCGAGCACGGGUGUGGUCCCGCUCUCACGUGUGGCUCGCGUGGGUAGCUCUGUCACAUUUUCCCGCGCGCAGGUACCCCACCCGGACGCGUUGGCUGUCCUGUUCGUUUCUAGAGCGAGCCCUG